AUGAAGGGUGAUUCUAGUUGGCUUUUCGCGACGGCAAUUCCGGCGGUUAUGCUCCUGGUCCUGUUCGCCUUUGUCUUUUAUCUGCCGCAGGUUCAAGCUGACUGCAGCAUUUGGAACUUGAAAGUGCAUCAGGAACAGAAAGGGUGGCUGCGGGGGAUUCCAGUGUACCAAGUGUCGGUGCUAAACACCUGUUUCAUCCCCAACGGCUGUACGUUGGGGAACAUCCACUUGACUUGCGGCGAUUUCAACACGUCCUUCCCCAUCAAUCCAGCUAUCCUCCGCCGCCUCAGCUUCAAUGACUGCCUCCUCUGGGACGGCGCCCCUCUUCCCACGGCCAUUGCAGCCUACGUCGAAUAUGCCCACUCCGAGCCCUACCCCAUGACCAUCUCCAGUGUCACGUGCAUUCCCCAGGAUCCCUAA